CUCGCGUGCCCAUGCAUGUGUUUCGCUAAACAAGCCAGUUAGUAAAUACUCGGUAUUUUCUUGCAGGAAAUGUGUAGUGGGAACAAUACGACACUGGUAUAUGCGAUUUUAAGAAAUGAAAAUUCUCCAGCUGUUCACUAUAGUUGUGUUGUCCAUCUGGCUCUGUGUUUCCACUGAGGACGGGCACUUCGUUAACAAGUUUGCCAUUUCUCUGAGGGCUGAUGUACGUGAUGCGGAUAAUGUGGUUCAAGAUAUCGCCACCAGCUUGGGAUUCACCGUAGAACACAAGUUGGAGAGUAUCAAUGUUUACGUGUUAUCUCACCCCAGAGUUAGUCACAGGUCGAGGAGGAGUGCUGACCACCAUGUGAACAGUCUCAAGACUCACCCCAAGAUUCUUCAUGCCCAGCAAGAAAUUGAGUUAAUUCGUGAGAAAAGGGAGAUAAUCUAUGACAAACAGCUGGAACUUCCUAUCCGAGAAAUCAGUGAUCCCUCAGUGUAUCACCGUAUUGCGGCACCACGACUGACUCUGAAGGAUGAAAUUCCUAGAACGGUGGUGGAGUUCAGGGACCCAUUCUACAAGGACCAGUGGUAUAUUAACAACGUUGGUCAGAGUGGUGGCAAGGUAGGACUAGAUCUGAAUGUAAUGAUUGCCUGGCAGAACAACAUCAACGGCACAGGUGUUGUCGUCUGUAUCCUUGACGACGGGGUGGAUCAUGGUCAUCUCGAUCUGGUUGAUAACUAUGACCCCAAGGCAAGUAUGGACUUCAAUGAUUUGACAGACAAGAAGAAAGAUCCAAUGCCAAAUAAAAUGGAUCCGCACAACAGUCAUGGAACUCGCUGUGCUGGGGAGAUUGCGUCCAAGGCCGGUAACAAUGUGUGUGGAGUCGGUGUGGCAUUUGGAGCCAGGAUUGGAGGGGUGAGGAUUCUUGAUGGUACUGUCACAGACUCUCUGGAGGCUGCCUCUUUGAACUUCAACAUCAACUACAUUGACAUCUUCAGCGCGUCGUGGGGUCCGACGGAUGAUGGGAAGACGAUGGACGCCCCGAAACACUUUGCUGCUCUCGCUCUCGAGCACGGAGCCAAAUUUGGAAGAGGCGGUAAAGGAACUCUCUAUGCAUGGGCGACAGGGAAUGGAGGUCACAACCAUGAUGACUGUGGAGCGGAUGGCUAUGUGUCCAGUAUUUAUACGAUGUCUUUUGGCUCCAGCACCGACAUGGGACGGCGGCCAUACUUCAUGGAGAACUGCACGUCAACGCUGGCAGUGGUGCCCUGUGGUGGGGAGGAAGUGAAAGGAGAAGAGAAGUUAAAUAGCAGGAUCAAACUCAAAGUGGUGACCACCGAUGUGGACAACAAGUGUAUCGAGAACUUCCAGGGAACAUCCAGUGCUGCACCUCUCGCUGCAGGCUGUCUCGCUCUCAUACUGCAAGCCAAUGCGGCCCUGACAUGGCGCGACAUGCAGCACAUCGUAGUGCGCGGAUCUCGCAUCCCAAGCGUGGACACGUCGUGGGUCAUCAAUGGCGCCCACCUGCACGUUAGUCACUCAUUUGGCUUCGGAGUCAUGGACUGCGGCGAGAUGGUGCGACUCGCCCUCGACUGGCAAAUGGUGCCACAGCAGCACAUGUGUUACUACACUCGGCAGGGCAUUUAUAAAGAAAUUCCCGGCCAGGGUUAUACCGAAGACUACAUAUAUGUUUACGAUGGCUGUGUUAAUGAUGCACACUCUGGUAUUGACCGUCUGGAACAUGUGCAGAUAUCCAUCAAGGUGGACCAUCAUCGUCGUGGCGAUAUCCAAAUCUUCCUCACAUCGCCAUCUGGAACGCGCUCAGAGAUGCUGUCCCCACGGUCGAACGACGCCAGCACCGCCGGCCUUGACUUCACCUUCAUGACUGUCCAUUGCUGGAUGGAGCAGCCUCGCGGGGUCUGGAGGCUCGAGGUCCACAGCAACUCGGGCUCGUCCGAGCGCCACAUCUCCGGAACUCUCAUACAGUGGAAGCUGGUGCUGUACGGAACCAUGGGCUACACGUUCAAUGAGGUGUCGGCACGCCACGUACCGAAGCAGGUGUCGGCAGAGUCACUUACAGACCAGCUGACUAAACUGAUGGUACAGGAGGAACAGAGGUCAAGGCUGAUCACGCUGAGGAGAUCCAGUGAUGCGUCCUUUCAGAAGAAAGCAUUGCACAGUGAUCGGCCUCAGGGCUUGGGAAAUGUUGAUAGAGGAUUACAAGAUUUGGCUAGUGACUUGUCAGUUGUUCAUGGCAAACUGACAAAGCGUCUGUUUGGUAAUAAGGGAGCAGAAGGCAAUGGUGUUGAGAGUUCUGACAAUACACUGUCUAACCGUAACCAGUAUGUUGAAGAGGAGUCUUUAUCAAAUAGAGAUUUAGAUGGUGUCAGUGACGAUGAACUGAUUGAGGCCUUGUUGAGAGUUUUAGAUGAUGACAGUAAAGUAGAAGAUAAACAUGUCACAGAUGAUAGCAUUAAAGUUAAAGAUAAACACAUAAGAAAUAUCAAGACAUUACUGAAAAAACAAACACAGUAUUCAAGAAAAUCUACCAGCAAUUCUGUUUCAGAAAAUCAGCACAGUUAUUUGAAUACCAAACAUAAACAGACUGACAGUGUAAAGAAAUCACUUGAGAAGCUCAUGGAGUUUCUUAAAACACAAACGUGAUACUGUUGAGUAAACUAACAACUUGACUGCAUUGUGACUGACUACAAUCAUUUUUACUGAUGCUAAUAGUAUCGGUUGAGUUUAUUCAAAUGUCUUUAAUAAUGGGAGUACAGUUCAUUGUAUAUUUAGCUCAGUCAAAGUGCUAAAUAAUCUCAGUUAUUAAUGAGAGAUGAAAAAUGUUUUGAAUUUUGCAGGAAAUCCAGAUUUUAACACUGCCUAUAAACUGUUCUGGUUGAAGCUCUGAUGGACAGUGCACGGUAUCCCUGGCCCAUACUGUUUUAACACCAGGCAAAGUUUUUCAAGAUGUUUUUUGUCACUGGUUAAUUUUAGCCUUGUAUUGUUUUCUGACCUAUGUAAAUAAUUCCAUAUACUGUACCCAUGGUAACAGAGUUGUAGCACAUAUGAUGGUUGUCACAACACAUCAUAAAGUUCAGAUAGACCCUAUUCAAUUAUAUUUAAUAGCAUUAUAAGUUAAUCAAAAUAUAUUACUUGAACCUUUAGUUUUGCUGUUUUUGUGUAAUUUAGGGGAAUUAGCAUUCCGUUUUACAACAUAAUAAAGUAUAAAACUUUACCUAAGUGUACUACAAUGGCUUAAAGAACUUCAGUCUACACUCGGUCUUUACUGACAUAACAUUCAUGCAAUUUGUAUAGCAGUGCCAUGACGUCAGAGUCUGAGGCACUUAAGACUCAACUUUAAACAUUUUAUAUGUAUUUUAAAUGCUUAUUAGUCCCUACCGGUCCAACCGGAGGGGACUAUUAGUUUCAUCUCCAUCCUUCUGUCUGUCUGUCUGUCCAUCCAUCUGUCCCACAUGUUUUCCAGAUGUUGUUUUCAGGCUUUGAGAUAUUGAGCUGAAAGUUUGUGUAUAGCUUCAUCAUGACUUUGACUUUCAUGACGAUUUACCCAUUUGUGAUGGAGUUAUGGCCCUUGAACUUAGGAGAUGUGAAAAU